AUGGAUGCAGAAACAUACACCUUGCACGAUCGGAGGCCAGCUGCAAGUGUUUACUUGAGACGCGGAAGUGGAGAAUUUGUCGUUCAGCGGUGUCGCUCGCUAAGUCUCCCUGAGGAUCGAGUUCAACGGUUCUGGGCGCCAUUGCAGGCUAUGACAAGUCCAUCAAACGUCAGAUGCUACACAAACCAUGCACUGGACCAGUUUCUCGAGCAUAUACUAAAAGAUGGCACUAAAAAGGUCAUCCGCAUUGGUGGCCAGAGUCAUUCAGCUGUUCUAGAGGGACACAAUCUACGGGCAGUUACACAAAGCGAAUCCAAAAGCCGAUUUGAGCGCUAUGGUCUUGCCAUGUCCUACCAAGACUUGGACGCCGCAGCGGAGAGCAUCGAGAAGAUACUGGGCAGAGCGCAUGGUGCAUUACGACAAAUAAAGUGGGAAAACAUGCAAAAGUACCUCUCACGGUACCAUCCACACAUAGCUGCCCAAUUUGCAGAGACAGAUGAAGACGGAUUCGAAUUCGUGGGACGACACCCUUUCGACAUAUGGGCAUCACUUAAGACGGACGCGGACUUAACUCAUGACCAUGGCGCCGAGACCGAGAUAGAUUUCGAUGCUGUUCUCCGGAAGGCUUCUACAAGCGUCAAUUCUCUUUCUGCAUCUGAGCGACAACAUCUUAUGGACUUUUGGGGCAUGGAUAGAUACAAGCACGCUGUUAAUGACUUGGUCGAAACGAUUGAGGGCACCUCUACAGAACAGCGACAAGUGUCGAAUAUUCAUGACGAAGUCGAUCGGAGGGUGCUUCAAGAGGCUGAUGUCAUUGGCAUUACGACCACGGGCUUGGCGAAGCGAAUAUCGACUCUCCAGAGACUGAAAUGCAAAGUUGUCAUUUGCGAAGAAGCAGGUGAGGUGAUGGAGGCUCACAUCCUUUCAGCACUACUGCCGACCGUGGAGCACAUCAUUCAGAUUGGAGACCAUGAGCAGUUGCGGCCUCAAAUCAACAACUUUGGCUUGUCGUUGGAGAGCAAGCAAGGGAUGUUGUACCAGCUUGACCGCAGCCAGUUCGAGCGACUCUCAUUCGGGAUUUCAGGGCGACCCAAAAUCCCAUUGGCUCAAUUGGAAGUGCAGAGACGCAUGCGCCCCUCCAUAUCCUCGCUUGUACGCGAGACACUUUAUCCCAAUAUUCAAGACCACCCAAGCACUUGCGACCUCCCAGACGUUGUGGGCAUGCGAAAAAACCUCUUUUGGCUUGACCACGGCCAUUUGGAGGCUGGCGAGAGCGCCGAGAUGCACCACAAGUCGCAUUCGAAUGACUGGGAGGUUGGCUUGGUCCAUGCACUCGUUCGUCACAUUGUUCGCCAGGCAUCGAUGCGCAAUGACUUUGAGGUGGUUCUCAGUGACAGAGAUCAGGAUGCCUUGAAUAGAGAUGGUAUUGAUAGUGAGGAAUCCGACUCGCAAGAAGAAGUGCCAUCAACGCAACGGAAAGGCGCUCUGGCGAAGAAGAAGCUCAGCGAUCUGCUGCGCGUUGCUACGGUGGACAACUUCCAGGGUGAGGAAGCAAAAGUCGUGAUUGUAUCUCUGGUCAGAAGCAACAACGCUCGAAAGGGUGGCUUUUUGAAAACUACGAACCGAAUCAAUGUUCUUCUCAGCCGAGCGCAACAUGGAAUGUACCUCAUCGGGAACGCGGAGACCUAUACAAAUGUCAAGAUGUGGCAGACUGUUAUAGAGCUUAUGCGAGCGUCGGAUUCUGUUGGGAAAGUCCUUGCAUUGUGCUGCCCGCGGCACAAAGAAAUGCCGAUCAAUGUAUCUAAGCCCGACGACUUUUCUCGGCACAGUCCCGAAGGAGGGUGCUCGCAGACAUGCUCUUGGCGCCUCGCCGACUGUGGGCACAUGUGCCUCGCGCGCUGCCACUCGGAAAGUAUGCACAACAUAUUUUCCUGUCCACAGCCUUGCCAGCGUCUACAUGAGCCAUGCGGACAUGGGUGUCAGAGGCCAACAUGCGGCGAAGACUGCGGGAAGUGUCUCGUGCCGCUGAGAGAUGUCGAGCUGCCUUGCGGCCAUGUCAAGGACACUGUGGCAUGCCACUCUGCACAGAACCCCGAAUCGAUCCGCUGCGAUGUAAUUGUCGAGAAGGUUGUACCCGACUGCAACCACAAUGUGAACAUUGCAUGCUUCAAGUCGGUGACCGCAGAAGGCUAUCGAUGCCCAGCACCUUGCUCAACUCCGCUGUCAUGUGGCCACAUUUGUCCCGGAACAUGUGGCAGUUGCCGCGAACAAGCUGGCGACACGACUGGAAAGAUUUUUCAUAUAAAGUGCCGAAAGAUUUGCGAGAGACCAUUUGGAACAUGCAAUCACCACUGUCGCAAGCCCUGUCAUGCAGGCACCGAGUGCGGCCUGUGUGUUGCCCCCUGCGAGGUACGAUGCCAGCAUUCGACAUGCGCUGCAACGUGCAGUGAGGGCUGCACCCCCUGUGUGGAAAAGUGCGAAUGGUCCUGUGAGCACCAGGGCACCUGUGCGAUGCCGUGCUCAGCAACAUGCACCCGGCUGCCCUGCAACGAGCGGUGCGCCAAGCUGCUCUCCUGCGGCCAUCGCUGCCCGGGCAUCUGCGGUGAAGCCUGCCCUGAGGACUUGUGCAAAGAUUGUGGCGAGUCGCAGGACUCGCGGGUUGAUCUGCUCGAGAUGAAAACAUAUACCGAAAUCGACGUUGACGUGGACCCCAUUGUCGUUCUAGGCUGCGGACACUUUUUAACAGCCGAGACCUUAGACGGACUCAUGGGCAUGCACACAGCAUAUGUGUCUGAUGUUGAAGGUCGCUUCACGGGCUUGGUCGAACUUUCCGGCGAAUUUGCCAAGAUGCCGCAGUGUCCGGACUGCAAGCGUCCGGUGAGGCAAUAUGCGACGCGACGCUACAAUCGAAUUGUCAACAGAGCAGUCGCAGACGAGUCAGGCAGAAGGUUUCUAGUCGCAGGCAAAGAAAAGCUAAAAGAUAUCAACAUGGAGCUGGAAAAGCUACAACGGGAGCUCGCCGAAUCACAUUCGGGUAUUCUACGAAUCAUCAAUGUUCUCCCCGCAGGCCAGACUGAGACCCUUAUUCGGCGCCUGCAGAUUCGCUACAGGGAAAACAAGAAGCUGCGUCACAAGAUAAAGACUUUUUGCAAUGAAUCUUCGGAGAGAUAUAAGCCCCAUCAUAAGCUUUAUGAAGCCACGAUUCACGCGCUGCGAGGAAUUGGGCGAAAUACGUUGAGCGACGGCCUCGCGGCUCUGUCAAUGCAGAGCCCACCUCGCCGGGUCGAGAGAGAUUGUCGUGUGGUCCUUGCCGGCGAGAUGGCACUUGUCAAGCUGGAUUUUAUCAUACUGGAAGACAUAUUUGAUCUUUUGCCCGCAAUCGAAGCUGCAAAUUUCGCGCAGCCACCGAAAUGGCCAGGCGGUUCUCCGCUUCUGGUUGCCAAACUGUUUCUGAAGUCUUGCUCGUCGUUAAUUUCCCGCUCCCGUACUGACGCUUUGCCUAAGCUCGCUGCCGAGGCAAUCCUGUAUCAUGCCAGAAUGGCGCACAUGUACGGGUUCCGCCCGCGUCUCGAUGAGGCAGAAAGGGCCAAAGCGAGCGGUUUCCUGGACGAGGCGAGGGAAAACCUCGAGACAGCAUCCCGCAUGUGCGAGCAACCCUUUCAAGAUGCUGACACGUUGAAGGAAGCUGUUCGUAAAACUAUUCAGCUACUACAAGCGGAACGGUAUGAGGCGGUCAGCCCGGAAGAGAUUGCGGCUAUCAAAAAGGCCAUGCUCAGCGGGCGAGAUGGGAUGGCCACGCACUCUGGUCACUGGUACAAUUGUGUCAACGGACAUCCGUUUGCGAUUGGCGAAUGCGGGAUGCCCAUGGAGCAGGCGCGCUGUCCCGAGUGCGGCGCGCCCAUUGGAGGUCAAAAUCACCAGAGUGUUGCUGGUGUCACCCGCGCCGAUGCUAUGGAAAAUUAA